AUUUACGAUUGUUUCCGUCUGAAUGCAGUGGUUGAAAGUUCGUAUUUUCAAUGUUAAUUGCAGCCCUGAAAUAAUUAAAUUACAAAGAGAUUUAAUAAAAUGUUAAAUAAUUUGACAUCUUAUUUUUAGUUAGAAUUUUUCUAAAGAAAGCCUAAAUGUCGUCUAAAGUUCCUUUAGAUUUGAUGCCUAUCAAUGAAGAAGGUCCUUCAUUAAUUCGAGGUUCUUAUCCAGAUUCUUUUGGUAUUCCAGCGACUGAUUUUAAACAGCCCACUAUAACCACUGAAAGUAUUCCUGAAAAUUUUGAUGCUAAUGAUCCUGUCCAAAAAUUUGCUGGCAUUGGGUUAGAAAUUACUAGUGCUGUUAUUGGAAAUGUGAUAUCUCAUCCUUGUAUUGUAAUUCGAAGACAAUGUCAGGUCAACCGGAAGGCUACAAAAUACCAUUUAAGUCCAUUCACUUUAAUCCCUGUUCUAAUGAGACUCCACAGCAGACAGGGAGUAUCAUGUCUUUGGAAGGGCUGUAGUGGUAUUUUUAUACUUAGAGGUUGUUCAACAGUGCUUGAAACAUUCUUAGCUGAAGCAACCCCUUUCCCAAGAGAAGUUUCAUCCAGUAGCUCCUUGAAACAACUGUCUCAACAUCUCCUAUUAAAGCUAAUUUCUUUUGGAAUUCUAACUCCAUUUUAUUGUGCUAGCCUUGUAGAAACUGUUCAAAGUGAUAUUGCUAGUGAAAAACCUGGAGUACUUGAUUGUUUAAAAGAAGGAGUAUGUCGUUUGUUAAAAAUAGGUACUCCAAGAUCAACACGACUUCUUCCGAUGUGGCAGUUGGUUGGUCCAACUGCUCUCUUUGGAUUGUCUACUUAUGUUUUCUCAUCUUUAAUUCAAUCUGUUCUUCAUUGGUUUCGUAAUUUAAAACUUUACAAUACACAAAAAAAGACUCUUUUUGAAUAUCAGUCUAGUCAAAGCUCUACAGCAAACUAUCUUGAAGAUUUGUCUAUACAAUACUUCAGUUCCUUUAUUGCCAGCAUUCUGAUGUAUCCUGCUGAAACCAUGUUACAUAGGCUGUAUCUCCAAGGAACUCGAACCAUUAUUGAUGAUCUAGAUUCUGGUACAUCUGUUCUUCCUGUGAUAUCUACAUAUGAAGGAUUUGUUGACUGUUUCCAUACUAUUGUAAAUGAAGAAGGAGCAUCUGGACUGUAUAAAGGCUUUGGAGCCUUGCUGUUAGAAUAUGCCAUGCAGGCCUUGCUUUUAAAAGCUGCACAAAUGGCUUUUCGUGAAAUGGAAUCAUUAUUUAAGACCGCCAAAAAGCCAAUUUCUGAAGCUACUGAAACUACACAAAUUAUGUCAUAGACUAUUAGAAAAUAUUUUACUUGUGAAAGUGUAUCUAAGAUUAUUUCAAAAUUUGCAUGAAUAUGAUUAUUAAUGUUUUAAAUUAAAUUAUUUGGUUAUUUAUUCUCAGGUAAAUUUUUGUUCACAAUUAUUUAUAAUCUUUGUUGGAAUUUGUUUGUUUUAUGAAGAUAUUAUUAAAUAUAUUACAACACCAUUUUGGUUUGAUC